GUGUGAAAUGAUUUAUUUAUAGUUUAGUAAUGAAAUAUAUGUUGCAUUUUGAAAAUUUUAAUUUACAAUAAAUAUAUUUUUCAGUUUGCGAAACUGGUGCAUUCUAUAAGGAAACAUGCCUCGAUACCAUAAGGUAGAAAUCAACAAGACGGAAUGGAUCGUGCCAGAGCGGUAUCAAAUGUUAACACCUGUAGGCUCCGGAGCUUACGGUCAAGUUUGUUCUGCAAUCGAUACUUUGCAUAAUAUGAAGGUGGCUAUAAAAAAAUUGGCUAGGCCUUUUCAAUCUGCAGUUCACGCUAAGCGAACAUAUCGUGAAUUGCGUAUGCUUAAACAUAUGAACCACGAGAAUGUUAUUGGACUACUUGAUGUGUUUAGCCCAGAAAAAACCUUGGAAGAAUUUCAACAAGUCUACUUAGUCACACAUUUGAUGGGAGCAGAUUUAAAUAAUAUUGUGCGCACACAAAAACUAUCUGAUGACCAUGUACAAUUUCUUGUAUAUCAGAUAUUGCGUGGAUUAAAAUAUAUACAUUCUGCAGGCAUCAUCCACAGAGACUUGAAACCUUCAAAUAUAGCUGUAAAUGAAGAUUGUGAAUUGAAAAUAUUAGAUUUUGGAUUAGCUCGGCCUACUGAAACAGAAAUGACAGGAUAUGUUGCCACUAGGUGGUACAGAGCUCCAGAAAUUAUGUUGAACUGGAUGCACUACAACCAGACUGUGGACAUUUGGUCUGUGGGAUGCAUAAUGGCUGAGCUUCUAACAGGGAGAACUUUAUUUCCAGGGUCAGAUCAUAUCCAUCAAUUGAACUUGAUCAUGGAGGUGCUUGGAACACCAAAUCAAGAGUUUAUGCUGAAAAUAUCCUCGGAGUCUGUAAGUAAACUGCUACGUUUACAGGACUAAAUCACCUGAUGGUCAAUUCAAAGAAGAAUAAUUGUAUUUUCAAAACUAGAGACAUAACAUAGCUU